AGGAGGCGGCGGCCAAAGGGAAAUUUCCUGCCGGGAGCCGCCGCCCCGGCCCACAGAGCCUGCCCGGCCGGCCCGGCCGCGCCGCCAGCGGCCCCCGGAGCCGCCACAGCCCCGCAGGUCCAGGAUGGAACAUUCCUGCUCGCUCCUGCUGCUCUGUGUUAGUUUCAUUUUUGCACAAGCUCUGCCACCCAACGGAACUGAGCUGCCCAAAACAACCACGAGCACCAACUCUACCGAGGAGAACACCUUGCACAAGGAGCUGCUGACCUCCCUGCUGAUCCUGGUGCUGGUGGUGAUCAUUUUCGUGGUGCUGGUGGGGUAUUUUUUCAGGUUCAGGAGACACAGGAAAGCUGUGGUCACCUCCGGCGACAAAAAGAUGCCAAAUGGGAUCUUGGAAGAACAAGAACAGCAACGGGUCAUGCUGCUCAGCAGGUCUCCCUCGGGCCCCAAGAAGUAUUUCCCUAUCCCAGUGGAAAACCUGGAGGAGGAAAUCCGGAUACGCUCGGCAGACGAGGGGAAGCUCUUCAGGGAGGAGUUUAAUUCAUUAACGUCUGGAUAUGUGCAGGGAACGUUUGAAAUGGCAAAUAAGGAAGAGAACAGGGAGAAGAACAGAUAUCCCAACAUCCUGCCAUAUGAUCAUUCCAGAGUGAUUUUGACCCAAAUUGAUGGAGUCCCACCUUCAGACUACAUUAAUGCUUCAUAUAUAGAUGGUUAUAAAGAAAAGAAUAAAUUUAUAGCAGCACAAGGACCCAAGCAGGAAACGGUCAAUGACUUCUGGAGGAUGAUCUGGGAGCAGAAAUCAGCCAUUAUUGUCAUGUUAACCAACCUGAAAGAAAGAAAAGAGGAAAAGUGUUUCCAGUACUGGCCUGACCAGGGCUGCUGGACCUACGGGAAUAUCCGCGUGUCUGUGGAGGAUUGCAUCGUGCUGGUGGAUUACACCAUCCGCAAGUUCUGCGUGCAGUCGCUCCACGAGGGAUGCAAAGCUCCAAGGCUCGUCACACAGCUCCACUUCACCAGCUGGCCGGAUUUUGGGGUGCCUUUCACACCUAUUGGCAUGCUGAAAUUCCUGAAAAAAGUCAAAGCCUUGAAUCCUGCCCAUGCUGGACCAAUUGUGGUUCACUGUAGUGCUGGCGUGGGGCGCACGGGCACCUUCAUCGUCAUCGAUGCCAUCAUCGACAUGAUGCACGCGGAGCAGAAGGUGGAUGUGUUCGAGUUCGUCUCCAGGAUCCGCAACCAGCGGCCACAGAUGGUUCAGACAGAUAUGCAAUAUUCCUUCAUUUACCAAGCCUUACUCGAGUACUACCUCUAUGGUGACACGGAGCUGGAUGUGUCAUCCCUGGAAAAACACCUCCAGACUUCCCACAGUGCAGCACCAAACCUGGUCAAAAUAGGGCUGGAAGAGGAAUUUAAAAAGCUGACCAACGUGCGCAUCAUGAAGGAGAACAUGAGAACUGGCAACCUUCCAGCCAACAUGAAGAAAGCAAGAGUCAUCCAGAUCAUCCCCUAUGAUUUUAAUAGAGUGAUUCUGUCCAUGAAAAGAGGGCAGGAGUACACAGACUACAUCAAUGCUUCCUUCAUAGAUGGAUAUCGGCAGAAGGAUUAUUUCAUUGCCACCCAGGGCCCCCUCCCGCACACGGUGGAGGAUUUCUGGAGGAUGGUGUGGGAGUGGAAGUGUCACACCAUCGUCAUGCUCACCGAGGUUCAGGAGAGGGAGCAGGAAAAAUGCUGCCAGUACUGGCCAUCAGAGGGCUCCGUGACUCACGGAGAGAUCACGGUGGAAAUCAAGAGUGACAACCUGACGGAUGCCAUCAGUGUGAGGGACUUCCUGGUUACAUUUAAUCAGAGCAACCAGGAGAAGCAGAGCAGGCUGGUCAGGCAGUUCCACUUCCACGGGUGGCCGGAGAUCGGGAUUCCUGCCGAAGGGAAAGGCAUGAUCGACCUCAUUGCAGCCGUGCAGAAACAGCAGCAGCAGACAGGGAACCACCCCAUCACUGUGCACUGCAGUGCUGGAGCAGGGAGAACGGGAACCUUCAUAGCACUGAGCAACAUCCUGGAGCGGGUGAAGGCCGAGGGGCUCCUGGACGUGUUCCAGGCUGUGAAGAGCUUGAGGCUGCAGAGGCCACACAUGGUGCAAACGCUGGAACAGUAUGAAUUCUGCUACAGAGUGGUACAAGAUUUCAUCGACAUCUUUUCAGAUUAUGCUAAUUUCAAAUGAGAAUUCUGCCUUAUUUUUUAAUUUGUCUGUAUAAAUAGUUGUACAUUAUGUUAAUUUAUUCCAUGUCACUUGGAUUGUUGACUGAACUGUAAAUACAACGUUGUGCUGGCUCUAAAAGUUGCAUUUGCUGUAUAAAGUUGUUUCUUAAAUAGAAAUAUCUUCUAAAGCAAAAUAUAAUGUUCCUAUACUGUAUAGAACUGUAAGAUGGGAUAGAAAUCUUUAUUCUAAAUAACAAAAAAUUAAUUCUUGGGGUUUUUUUUUUCCCCUUUGAGUUUUGCCACUCAUAAAUAUUUAUCAACAAUGUUCUCUCCCAAGUCUUGAAUUUUUUGACAGGUGAUUUACAGUUCAUCCUAAAAAAAGUGAAUUUUGGUGCACAUGUUUAAACAUGGUUUGUUCACCAGGGAAGUAUGUUCACCAUGAAAAUAGAUAUUUAUUUUUCUAGAUUGUUUUAAAGAGCCUCCAGGUUCUGUUGGAUUUUGAGUCCUAUUGUCCAUAGGAUAAAAUCAGUAGAAAUACAGAUUUGAAUUUUUGAAAUAACAGAACUUUCAAAGCCCUGUUAAUUUGUUGGGUUUUUUUUCCCAAAUAUUGUUUAAAUUGACUUGGAAAGGCAAUAAUGUGAUUUUUAGAAUAAUUUGCAUAUUUCAAAAGUAUAUUUUGCAGCACCUGAACUCGUCUACUUGAAGAGAAAGGCCAGAAAUGGAGUUAAAAGCUUCUCUUCUUUAUAAUCACCUGCAUAAUUUCCCAUUUCUUUAAAAUAAGAGAUAAACUCUUACUCCUUGAUUUGAUUCAGCAGGAUAAUUAAGAGGUAAAAAUUGGAAAAAAACAUUUUAUGAACGGUUUAAUUCGAGAAACAUUGAGUAUUGUAGCAAAAGUUCCUCCAGGUUCUUACCCUCCCAAAAAUGUGAUCAAAAAAGGAUUUUCCCUGAGGGGUUUAGGGUUGUGUACAGAGAUAUAUUUUUACUGAAAGCACUACUGAGAAUAGAGUUGGUGACAGAAAAUAUAAAAGUUUUUAUUGCAGCCCUGACCAGGGGCUGGAAAAUCCCCACAAUCACAGAGCACCCGAAUGUUGAAUAAUUACCAAGUUGAUCUUUCCCACUUUUCCAAAAGCAUCUCUGACUUAAUGAGCACAAAGGGGGUGAAUCUGUAAUUAAUUCCAUAACGAAUAUGCAACAGUUCUGUCUCGUCCAGCCGGGCUUUGGCCACGCAACAUCAAAGCCUUAUUUCAAACAAGCAGCUUGAACUGAGCUUUUCCCUGCUGUUCUUGCACUAUUUUAUCCCAUUCCAAUAAUCCCAUUGCACCUUGGAGCAGCACAAGGGGACGGGAAGGUGUCCCUAGGUCUCCUUCCAUUCCAUCCUAGCUGGAAAAGGUUUGGGAUAGGAAUUCCUGAGCACCCAAUUCCCACAGUGCCAUUGGAUGUUCUUGUCUUCCCAUCGCUGCACUCCUGUAUUUAUUUGUACAGUAAUUUUGCACCUCAAAAACGAGAUUGUUUAAAGAUUAAACCUGGCUCGUGGGUCUCUAUGAGAAGAAACACUCAAGCCACAGGGUUGGGUAGUGAAAGUGGAGCUGAGGAAGGGCAUGUUCCUGAAAUUCCAUCCAAAUUGAAAGAGCCAGGAUAAAUUCAGGCUGGAAACUGAUAGAGGGGGGCUCAGUCUGAUUUGUAGCACAGGGAGACUCCCAGAGGUUGGAGAAUAAUGCAAAGGAAUUCCCAUUUUCUGAUCCUGAUGUCAGGAUUUUUCUGACCAUUUAGCCCACAUUUGAAUAAUUUGUCAGAUUUUUGGGUCCCUGAGGUACAAAUUUGGGCUGAGCUGUCCAUGAAGUCAAUCUUGGUGCAGGGAGACUCCCAGAGCUUGGAAAAUAAGGCAAAGGAAUUCCUGUUUUCUGAUUUCAGGAGCUUUCCAACCAUAGACAGCCAACAUUUGAAUAAUAAUAAUAUUAAUUUGUCUGUUUGGCAGAUUUGUGGGUCCCUGUGGUAAAAAUUGAGGCUGUCUCCUGAAAUCAGCCUCAGUGCAGGGAGACUCCAAAAGGUUGGAAAAUAAAGGAAUUCCCAUGUUAACAAUCCUGAUGUCAGGAUCUUUCUGACAUUUAGCCAGCAUUUGAGCAAUAAUUGGUGUGUUGGGCAGAUUUUGGGGUCCCUGAGAUCAGCCUGAGUGCAGCAGUGAUGGGCUGUGGGGGUCUCCCCCAGGAGCUGCAGCACAAUUCCAGCUUCCCAUGAGGUUCACCAAGACCUCCUUCCAACCAGGAGCAGGAUGGAGCUCAGCUGGAACACCAAGGCCUCGCUGGGUACUCAGAUUUCAGUCGAUAACCAGAGUGAGAUAUCGAGGAGGGAAGAGAAAUGCCUGAAAUGUGACUCAGAAUUCACAAUCCAGAAGGGUUUUUGUGGAGUGUGAGGAGCUCCCUUGGCAGUUGUUGGGUGUUGCUCAGUGGCUGGAGCUCUGGGGAGUGUCUUGGAUUGGAAUUUUCCUUUGACUCUCCAUCCAUUGCAUGGAAUUCCUUUAAAAGGCCAAAUUGUUGGAUUGGAAGUGUCUUCUGAUCUGUGUGUGCUUUUGGUCACUGUGUGACUUUGAUUGUUCAUGUGUUCAGAAGGUCCCAGCUCAGCAUUUAAGCGUUCGCUUCCCAACAUCCUCAUCCCACAAUCCAUGGAAUGCCAUGGAUUCCCUGUUCCCAAAGCAAUCCCUUAGAAGUGCUUGGCUGACUUGGGCCUUAAUGAAGAAUGCAUACUGUAAUUAGCAGUGUUUUUUAGGCUAUUUUUAUGUAUUUUUUAAACUUUUAAAAUGAGCCUGACCACCCCGUGUUCAGUCUUUUGAAAUGUUUGCGUUUCCCUCGUCCCAUUUUUUGUGUAAAGUUACUGGAACUUUUCUGUAUAACCAAAAUGUAUUUAAUUUAUCAAAUCUUUAUAAUAUAUAUAUAUGUAUGUAUUAUACAGUUUCAGCUCUUUUUAUUUUUUUUUUCCUUACGUUUCUAAUUUGAUCUUGCUGUGUUUUUAAUGCCGGUGAAUGUGGCUGAAUUAUUUGUAUAUGCAAAUUGCAAGAUCUAAUACAUUCUGAUGCAAGAACAAAGCUUCCUUUUUAUUCUCCAUCUGCAUUAUUUUCCUUUAAAUCUUUUAAUUUCA